CCGCGGCCCCACCAUGCCCCAGCUCGGCGGCGGCGGCGGCGGGGGAGGCGCCGGCGGCGGCGGCUCGGGCGCCGGGGCGGCCGGCGGAGGGGACGACCUCGGGGCCAACGACGAGCUGAUCCCCUUCCAGGACGAGGGGGGCGAGGAGCAGGAGCCGAGCAGCGACAGCGUCUCGGCGCAGCGGGACCUGGACGAAGUCAAGUCGUCCCUGGUCAACGAGUCGGAGAACCAGAGCAGCAGCUCGGACUCGGAGGCGGAGAGGCGUCCGCAGCCCGCCCGGGACGCUUUCCAGAAGCCGCGGGACUAUUUCGCCGAAGUGAGAAGGCCCCAGGACGGCGCGUUCUUUAAGGGUCCCCCCUACCCUGGGUACCCGUUCCUGAUGAUACCGGACCUGAGCAGCCCGUACCUCCCCAACGGACCCCUGUCUCCGGGAGGAGCGCGCACGUACCUGCAGAUGAAAUGGCCCCUCCUCGAUGUCCCCGCCAGCGCCACGGUCAAGGAUACCAGGUCACCGUCCCCAGCACACUUGCAUCUAUGCAGGAAGGAAAAGACCAGUGUCAAAGGAACAAAAAUAAAGUCUAAUAAAGUUCCUGUUGUUCAACACCCGCACCACAUGCACCCGUUGACGCCCCUCAUCACCUACAGCAACGACCACUUCUCCCCUGGCUCCCCUCCCACACACCUCUCCCCAGAGAUCGAUCCAAAGACAGGAAUCCCCCGGCCCCCUCACCCAUCUGAGCUGUCUCCGUAUUACCCACUGUCUCCCGGAGCUGUCGGGCAAAUCCCCCAUCCCCUCGGCUGGCUCGUCCCACAGCAAGGACAGCCCAUGUACUCCCUUCCUCCCGGCGGCUUCCGGCACCCCUACCCUGCGCUCGCCAUGAAUGCCUCAAUGUCCAGCCUGGUUUCCAGUCGGUUCUCCCCUCACAUGGUGGCUCCGGCCCAUCCUGGUCUGCCCACCUCAGGGAUCCCCCACCCCGCUAUCGUCUCCCCCAUCGUCAAGCAGGAACCGGCGCCCCCCAGCCUGAGCCCGGCCGUGAUCGCGAAAUCACCCGUCACAGUGAAAAAAGAGGAAGAAAAGAAACCCCACGUGAAGAAGCCUCUUAAUGCCUUCAUGUUAUAUAUGAAGGAGAUGAGGGCCAAGGUGGUGGCCGAGUGCACCCUGAAGGAAAGUGCAGCCAUUAACCAGAUCCUGGGGAGAAAGUGGCACAACCUGUCCCGAGAAGAGCAGGCCAAGUACUACGAACUGGCCCGGAAGGAGCGGCAGCUUCACUCACAGCUCUACCCGACCUGGUCAGCCCGAGACAACUACGGUAAGAAAAAGAAGAGGAAGCGAGAAAAGCAGCUGUCCCAGACCCAGUCCCAGCAGCAAGUCCAGGAGGCAGACGGUGCUCUGGCCUCCAAAAGCAAGAAGCCAUGUGUCCAGUACCUGCCCCCUGAGAAGCCCUGUGACAGUCCUGCCUCCUCCCAUGGCAGCAUGCUGGACUCGCCGGCCACACCCUCCACGGCCUUGGCCUCCCCGGCUGCCCCGGCCGCCACCCACUCAGAGCAAGCCCAGCCCCUCUCCCUCACCACCAAGCCAGAGACCCGGGCCCAGCUGGCUCUCCACUCGGCUACCUUCCUGUCAGCGAAGGCUGCCGCCACCUCCUCUGGCCAGAUGUGCAGCCAGCCCCCCAUCCUGUCCCGGCCCCUCCCCCUUGGGUCCGUGCCCACAGCUCUGCUGACGUCCCCCCCUUCCUUCCCAGCCACGCUCCAUGCCCACCAGGCCCUCCCCGUGCUCCAGGCCCAGCCUCUUUCCUUGGUCACCAAGUCUGCCCACUAAGCUGCCCACUGACCUAUGCAGGCUGUCAUGUGACUCAUCGAGUAGUAAUGAUGCAGAAGAAGAAGAAGAAAAAAAAAAGGAAACUUUAUUGGUCAAUAUUUGACCACUCUGGACUGUUCUGUAAAGUGACUGGUAACAGCAGCGCUUUACAUUUUGUAGAUGUAACCAGUAGCUGAUCUUAAGGCUUUUUUAAAAAACAAAACAAAACAAAACAAAAAUCUUUAAAAAACAAGAACUGAAAAGUAGUGUGUUAUUCUUCCUGUAUGUGCAGCGGUGGAUGGACCUGGGCAGAAGGCACCUCUGUCUCUACCUCCUGGACUCUCUGCCCUCCUGCCUCUUCCCAUCACCCCCCGCGUCCCGGCUUCCCCCACCCAGCCUGCAUGUUGGCCGUUGCUGCCAUUUCUAGCCCGCAGCCUCUUCAUCUACAUCCCAUUCCUGGACAUUCCCUUUUACCUGGCCCACAUUUUUCUCCCUUGCUCAGCUCCGUGGGUUCUGCCUUCACCUUCGUCCUCUGCCCAGUGUAAGGCUGUCACCAUGUGAGAAGACACCUCGGCCUCGUUUGUCUCCGCCAGCAUCCCUUUUCCCUCAGUGGCCCUAAUGCCCCAGUCUCCAGCUUUUGGUGGGGGAACAGGUCCUCUGCAGUGGUUCUUCCCCGCAUUUAAAGGGAUUCAAGGUGCCUGCCACUUCCUCAGUGAAGAAGCCUGUGUACCACCCCCUUACCAGUCGAGAUGUCCCCUCACAGCCCCAGAGUGGCAGACAGGACCUGGCUCCGAGGUCUGGCUCCUGUCACCCAGGUCCGUGCUAGCGCAAUCUGCCAAAGCUCUGAAGACCCUCCUCCCUCCCCCAUCACCUCACAUGCUUCUUCUGUGUGUAUUUCUUUUCAUUUUUAUGGGGUUUUUUGGAGCAAUUUAAACUCCCAGUUGUUUAUUUUCACAAAAGAGAAUAAAAUUGCAGUUGCAAGACCUUUUCUGAG